AUGACAUCAAUGGGGGAGCAUGGAACUACAUCUCCUGACUACCGGUUCGAAGGCGCCAGACUCCGAAGCUUCACGAACUGGCCAUUGGCUCGUCCACAGCCGAGACGCCUAGCUGCGGCCGGAUUCUAUUACACUGGGGUAAUAGACAGCGUUAAAUGCUUCUUCUGUGGAGUAGAGAUAUGUAUGUGGGAGGAAGAUGAUCCGGUGUCGGAACAUCAACGCUGGCGAGGGAGUUGCCGAUUCAUCCACAAUCUCCCCAGUGGAAACAUACCACUGGACGAAGAUUUUCUUAAUAUGACAGGGCCUUCAGAAGACACCGUUAACAUCAGGACCACUCGAGAAUCACCAGUGGUCAACUACGUCUUCGCGAGCACAUCAGGGCUAAAUAGAACUGGUCUCACGCGACAUACACAAAUGGCACACCCCAAUUAUUCUCUCUAUCAAACAAGACUGGAGUCCUUCAAGAAAUGGUCUCCGUUAAUGCCCCAGACAAAAGAGCGAUUAGCAGAAGCAGGAUUCUUCUAUACUGGUACUGGUGAUCAAACACUUUGUUAUCAUUGUGGAGGGGGACUGAAGGAUUGGGAACCGGAGGAUGAUCCUUGGGUGCAACAUGCCAAGUGGUUCAAAAAUUGCUACUAUGUUCGACUAACAAGGGGACAAUCGUUCAUAGACAGUGUUGUGGGGAUACCGGUAGCAGCACCAGUCCUAGGGGAGCUGACCUCGAUCAAUCUGCCCUCUUGCUUAAGUCUAGUAGCUCCUGUGUGGUUACCAGAAUCAUCAAAUCAAGGGGCUGAAGAAGGAAAAGAACAGAAUGGAAGCGCAGAAGAAAAGGAGGACACGAAGGUUAAAGAAGAAAAGGGACAUAUGGGGGAUGAAGAAGAAGAAAAACGCAGAAGGAAGGAAGAAAGUCGUGACGCUCGGGUCUGCAAAAUUUGCUACGAUGAGGAAUUAGGGGUCAUUUUCCUCCCCUGCGGGCAUGUCGUGGCAUGUUUCAAAUGUGCAUCCGCAAUAACGACGUGUGCAGUAUGUCGAGAGCCUAUUACCUUGACUGCCCGCGCUAUCCUGGCAUAA